GUCUCAUUUCAAACUCCUUCAUUGCUCAUUUCCAAUUCUUUUUGUGGUACCUUAUCUUUUUUUCUCCCUCUUUUCUCUUUCUUUACUUUCCUCCAUCGUUCAUAUGAAGAAAUUUCACUUCAUUCAAUACCUUCACUUUUGGAAUGGUUUUAUGGGUCUUAUAUUAACUGGUGUUCUCAUCGGUGUAGCUGCUAAUAUCAAAAAAUAUGUUAAUAGUGGUGCUGAAAUUGCUGGUUUUGGUAACUUUAAUGUAUUUGUAUAUCCAGCCACUUUUGUAUACAUGUUUAUUCCUGCCAUUACAUCAUUCGUCUAUGGUAUUAUUCUUGCUUUAGACCCUAGUCCUCAACAUCCUAUUUGGAUACCUUCAAAAACAUUAUCAAGUUCUAUCGCAUGUGUAGCUGGUGCUCUCCUAUUUGCAAGUAUAUGGCCUGUGAUUCCUGGAGCUGAUGUUAUGACUGCACCGGAUGCAGCCAUUAGUUGUUCAUGGAAGGAUUAUAUGAGUUGGUAUACCAUCUAUGCUGAUCCUGUUGCUUUCCCUUGGGUAACUUCUAUUGAUACUGCCUGUUCUUGCUUUACUGCUUCUGUUGGUCUUUCUUGGAUAGUUACUUUAGGCUGGGCCUGUCAAGCUUUUAUUUACUUACGAAAAUCAAUACUUGGUCACCGUCAAGCACAACCAAAAAUCAAUCAUCGUGCAUCACAACUAUCAGAAAGAAGUAUGAAAACAAUGGAUAUCCUCAACAACAACAAUAAUAGUAGUAAUAAGUACCAAUAUUAAUUAUGCAAAUAAAUUUAUUUGUUUCCACUUUUCCAAUUUGGUUACAAGAUUACAAUUUGAAUAUCAG